CACGCUUCUUUGUUUUGGCGACGAUAUAAAGGCUGGCAAGAAACGCGGCGCUCGAAUUUACAAGUAUUGCCGUUCACCCAGGCGCUUUUGCGUUUCGGAGCGGUGUAUUAAAUAAAAUAUAAAUACGUGUGACUUGAAAUUAGGUUCACGACAGACGUUUGUGAUAUCUAGCAGUGAUCACUGAAACUGAGGAGUGCAGUGUAUACAAGUGCAGUGAUGAGGCCACCCACAGACUACGACGGUACGAGGAUGCCCGCGGAGGCGGAACAAGGUGACCCGAGAGCUCCAGCGAUGAUGAUCUGCGCAAGGCUGGCUGGACGAGCCAUUAUCAGAGUUGUAGGCAGGUGCGAAGAUGCGCAAGAGAAUAGUCAAUUAGAUUUGUCGGAAUGUCAACUUAUGCAAGUACCUGAUGCUGUAUACCACCUCAUGAGGCACACAGAGCUUAAAAGCUGUGACCUUAGUGGGAAUGUUAUCACUAAGAUUCCACCAAAGUUCACUGUUAAAUUUAGUUUAAUCACAGACUUAAAUCUAUCGAAUAACCAAAUGGCCAAGCUUCCGGAUGAGCUCUGCACACUAGCGUGUCUGCAACGCCUAGACAUUUCGCACAACACUUUUGUUUCGCUGCCUGCCAUUGCGUUCCAGUGUCCCAGCUUGCACACAUUAUUAGCUCACCAUAAUCAAAUCAUUGAAGUAGAUGUGGACAGAUUAGCAAGAUCUCGAGCUCUUGAAUAUGUAGAUUUAAGUGACAAUCCUAUUCCACCUCGGACACACGAAGCACUGAAGCAGCUGAGCAGGCCUUCUAUAUCUAUUUCAGAACGACAAAAAGAAGACUGGGAAGAAGAUCUCAUUUUAUAAGCGAUUUGACUUCCCGUGUACAAGACUUGCAUUCAUCAUUAUAGAUUUUGAUAAGCAAAAUCUAGGGACUGGAGAAAUAUGUCAUCUCCAAGAUGAAUUUGACAAACUGGUCCUAACUCAACUGUGAUUUAGCCUUGUGCAAAAUGAAUAUUAUUAUAUUACUUAGGCAUAUAGUGAUUUAAGCGUAUAGUGAUGUGAAAUGAUUUUAUGCAUAGAGUAAAUCACAAAAUAUAAAUGUUACACUAUGUGCUCAAGAAUUAGUACUCAGUAAAACUACAAUGAGAGAGGCACUAUAGACAUGGUUGUACAACAUGUCUGUAAUUAUUCAUAUUUUUAUAUAAUUUUAAUGCUAUUUUUUAAAUAAAAAUUGUGAUUAUUUUAUAAAUUUUAAUAAUAUAAUUUUAUUUUUUUGAUAAAAGUACUAAGGUACUGUGUAGAUAGAUCCUUUUCAUUUUAUUGAAUACUAGUCGUUAAUAAUAAUUAGGUAAAUAAUGUUUUGUAUUAUUCUAACAAGUUACUAUUCUAAGUAUGAUGACAAUAUACUGAAGUAUAGAGAUAAUGUCAAAUUGAAGAUUGUAUUGAUAUUAUAAAAUGUACCUAAUUUUAGCUAUAUUGGAUUGGUACUUAAUAUGAAAAUAUAUUUCUAAAUGCAAAAAUAUUUUUAGUCAUUAUAUUAUGCAAGUAUAUUUUUUGUAUUUUUAAAAACGUUAUAAAUUUAACUUUUUCAAUACUUUUAUACAGAGCACUUUAUAUUAUAAAAAUGUUAAUUGAGGAGUUUUGCUUAAAAAAUGCCCUUAAACAUUAUAUUUUAAAAAUGUGGAUCUAUGUUAUUUCAACAGCCGAUAAUAAAUAAUAAUGCACUUUAAAAAAGCAAUAAAAAAUUCUAAAAUAA